UCCAAGUCUGUUGUAAGUUCAUUCCUCCCUAUGCAGUUCGAGAUUUAGAGGCAUGAAAUAUCUUUAAGCUUGUCAUAAUCAUUUUUAAAACUUGCGGAAAGAAGUGAGAAUUUUUUCUCGAUCUUUUGAGGUCAAAGGACUAAUGCAAAAAGAGAGGAAUCAAAAUGUGUAGAGUUACUUUUGGAUCCAUUAUAGCUACUCUUUUUAUACUAGUUUUUGCUUUAUGGAUUGUCAUCACAAUUUUAUAUAUGAGGGUAAUGAACGAAGCUAUUUCAUUUAAAAAUGAUUCUCAAUUAUUUAAGCUGUGGAAAGACAGACCAUUGGUGAUGUACAGGAGGGUGAAAGUCUUCAAUAUCACAAAUCCUGGGGACUUUCUUUUGGGUUCCAAAAUGAUUGUGAAAGAAGUGGGUCCAGUGACUUACGAAAUGGAGUGGCGCAAAUCAAAAUUUUUCUGGCAAGAUGGAGGGAUAUUGGCGUACAGACGGGAGACGAUUUUGAAAUUUAAUCCAGAAUUGAAUUGGAUCGAUGAAAAUGAAGUGUUUUACACUUUGAACUCAAAAAUGAUACACAAUGCUGAUAUAUCUGACCUGACUGACUUCGAUAAAAUGAAAGAAAAACAAUUAAUUAUUAAGACAACAAUCAAGCAAUACAUGCAAGAAACAGUGGACAAAUCCCUGAAUCCUCCAUUAUUACGAGAAAUCUGCUCAAAGGAGGAAUUCAUUAUGUUUUACAAAGGAGAAGAAAGUAUCGAAAACUUGAAUUUCCUUCAAGGGUCUGAUGGAAAGGCAUCACCUGAUAAUGAGAAAUCUAAUGCAGCAAUUAGAAACAGCCUGGAUAUAGGUCCUCCGAUGAAUGAAAAAGAAGUUCGUUUCAAAUAUUUGGAGCCAAAUCUUUGCCAGUGCAUGAUCUUCAUUCAGGCUGAUACCGUAGAAGUGAAUGGAGUAAAGAAUAUUCGAUUCGAAGUUGCUCCUAUUGUAAAUGGUUUCAACGACCUUGAUCGUUCAGAGUUCUUCCAGGAGUCAUGCAAAAUACUGAGUGACAGCAGAUGUUGCCCUACCUUUCCAGUAGUGCUAUCUCUACCACACUUCUACUCAUCUUCAGAAGCUCCAAAUACCUUGGUGUCCGGACUGCAUCCAAAUGAGUCAAUACACAAUUCAUUUAUUAUAGUUGAACCCAUGACUGGCUUGACUACCUCUUUUGUCAUGCGUUAUCAAUUUAAUGUGAAACUUGAAUUCAACAAGAACUGGGAGCAUGUGCGAAAAGGUACUUAUCCUUUGUAUUGGGUGGAAGAUUCUGGGAGUCCAUCUGAAGAAACUAAUUCGUUCCUUUUCUAUUUUCUGAAAUUGCCUUCUUUCGUUUUAUAUAUCAUGGUGAUUUGGUUAAUUGUCUAUGUUUCUACUGGACUUUUAGUGUACAAUUUUUCAGAUUAUUGUCAAAGCGCAUCUCUAUCUUCAAACGAAGAACAAGAAUCUUUUAUAGAAAUUACCAAUUCGAGAGACUACCAUUCCAUAAACGAACCAGAAUUACCAGAAAAAGAAUCCCCGCCUCUUUUGAAAGCCUUUCCAGGUUAUUCUCGAUGUGCUGAAAUUUGAUGUAAACAGAACACAUUAUUUCAUUUGCUUCUAGAUAUUAAAUAAUAGGAGUAAAAUUAAUUCAAAUCAAAUAUGUUGCGGUAAGCACUAUUUCACCAUUUUUAUAUAUGUGUUAAUAUUGUUUCCUUCGAUUGAUAAGAUGAUAAAUUGUAAAAUCAUAUUUUUGAACUAUUUAUUUGGGAAGGAAAUGAUACUUUUUCUGACAUUUUAUCAUAUGUCAACUAAAGAUGAUUUUUUUUAAAUGUUCAAGUUCCCUGUUUUAAUUCGUUUUUAAGACUUCAAAAUAAUGUUCUUUUAAAAAAAUGUUGCGUCAGUAUAUUCUUAGUUUUCC